CCCGAGAGAGGGAAGGUCCCCGGCAAGAACCUCGUCCUCACCAAAAUCGAUGCGAAAGGCCGUGCGGCGGAGAUCAAUCACGUCAAGAUUUCCCAUCCCGACGUCGUCAUCGAUGGGUCCCUCGUGAUUCACGGCGUCCUCUAGCCAUUCUCGUCACUGGAUUCCGUCGAGCACGCCGGGAGGGACGAAACCGAUUCCGUCGGUUUUAGGGAUUUGGGCUACUGGCCCAAAAUCAUCCGAUCGCUGAGCUCUAAGGGAUUCGUCUCACAGUCGGAUUCAACUCUGUUCUUGACGGCAUUCUUGACCAUUACCGGCACUUCGAUUCCGUCACCGUUUUCAGUCCACCGGAUUUCGGGUCCGUCGCAUCUUCUUCUCCGAUGCUCAUCAGGAUAAUCCGAAUUCACAUCCUGCCUCGAAGGAUUUAGUACAAGAAGCUCGUCGCAUUGCCGGAUAAAUCGCCGUUGAAGACUCUGCUACCGGAUCAGGAUCUCGAGUUAAUAAAGACUGGUAUAUUCACUAAAUUGAAUGUCACGGCGGCGAGACUGAGAGUCAACGGAGUUGACAUUGUGGCGCCGGAGAUAUUCUCGUCUGGUAAGUUCGUGGUUCAUGUGUUUUCCGGCGAAUUGGUUUCUCCGGCAAGUCCUGUAGUUAGUCUCCUCCGCGUGGAAGUAAAAAUGUAAUUAUUGCUCUUUCAUGUCCGUUUAGGACCGGAGUGUAACGGACAGAGGCAUGGUUAAGGCACUCAUUAUUUGGUGCAUAUGAGUCCUUGACUACUCUACUUACUAUCAGCAAUUCAAGGAAAAAGCUGUAUAUAAUAAGUUUCUUAAUGCAAUUAUUUUGGUUUGCAUUUAUGUUUUAAUGGUAAAUGUCAUCUUUAAUGUGAUUAUUAUUUUUGUUCUAACAUAUAUUUUAGUUCUAAGUGGGCGGAAGCUUAGCAAGUUAACAGUGGCUCUUUAGUCCCAUUCUUAUUGCAGGUAACAAUUAAUUGGCCUAUUUAUUGUUUAGUCCCAUUCUUAUUGCCAAGAAUUCAUGUCAUUAAUGGUAUUAAUCACAUGUUCUACGAUCUCAAACGAUGAAUUCUUCCUUAGUGCAUCAACUAUGGUUUCUUAUUUCUUUAGAAAUAGUCAAAUAAGGUUAUUACCUGCUCAUGAAUAAGCUUUGGCCUCAAAUCGAAAAAGGAUAGUCGAGAAAGUAUUAAACAUUUAUUCUUCAGAUGCCCCCUAGCCACCAGAUUGUGGACUUUAGUGGGAUUGAGCAACUUUAUUGAGACCGCCCCGACUGUUAACUUUAGUCUAUGGUGGCGACAUGUCAUGGUCUCUAAUACCUCCCCAUUCCACAUUCUCCAAUGCAUCUGCUUACAUUGGAGAAUCUGGAAGUCUAGAAAUAAAGUGAUUUUUGAAUUCUACCAACCUCGUGUUCGUUCCCUAGCAGACAUUUCUACAACCAGGUCCUUGAUAUCUCAAACGCUCUCCUCCCUCCCCAACCCCACAACUCUCUUACCGAACCAUCCAACCACCACAUGGGUCCAGCCGCCAGACGAUUACUUGAAGAUCAAUUUCGACGCUGAUGUUUGUGCCACCGGGUGUUCGUUUGGGCUUGUUGUUCUUGGGUCAGACGGAUAUAUGGUGUUGGCGUUCGGGUUACAUCAUCAAGGAAUAGUCAACCCUUCCCUGGCAGAGCUCCUUUCCAUUAGAGAUGCUUUUUUCAUCAUCACCUGAAGAUCUUUGACUCACGUGAUAGUCGAAGGUGAUUUCGAAGUGGUCGUCAAGCAGAUCCGGCAAGGCUUCAUAGAAGACUCGAUUGGUGGUCCUGUGCUACGAGAGUGUCGUCAGAUCCUUAGCUCCUUGUCCAUUUGUAUAGACUUUAGGGCGGUACCUAGAACUGCCAACAGUGCUGCCCAUAGAGUGGCGCGUAAAGCACUGCUUUUGUCUCAUCUAGAGCUAGAAUCUUUCGAUUUUUUGGGGUGACUUCAUUAUAAUAUAUUGUAAGGGGUCCUUGGUAGAUUUGUAUGAAUAACUCUUGUCCUCUGUUGAUACACUCAGAAAUUAAAAAAAAUCAACAUGUACAUAUAUAACUAGGGGUAUAAUUGGAACAACAAAUAAACUCAACAAUCUCUUCAAAACUAUCUCAACAAUCUUAAGUUUUAGUAGAGCUAUUACUAUCACUCAUUUUGAGUGAUAGUUUCCAUUACAUCAAGCAAACAAUUCAUGUAUUGUUUGUGCAAAUAUUUUUUAUAAAAAUGCAUUGUGGACAAUACAUGCAUUGUAUCCCAGCCAAACAAUCACCAAAACCAAACACCCUUGAAAAAUACAUGAGUUCAAUGAGACAUUGUGUCUUGUGUGGGAAGGUGGGGUGGAUGAGUAGCUCUUGACUUUUGUUAUCCUCAAAAGCAAGCAAUGCCAAAAUAAGUUAUAUUACUUUUUGGAUUAAAUGUCACUUUUGCCCUUUGUUUUUAAUAUUAAAAAAGUAACACACAAAAAAGGUAGGGACAUACCCUAUGUUUGGCCCGACUUUUAAAAGUGCUUUUCGGGUUCAAAAACUGAAGCAGGGCCAAACACCUGUAAAAGCUCAACUUUUGAAAAGCCGAAAAGCGCUUUUGUAUAACAUAAAAGCAAAAGCUCCGAUUUGGAGCUUCCGAGAAAAGCUGUUUUGAAAAUACAAGAUUAUCCUUACCAUAUUUUAAUUUUAUUUCAUAAAAUAUAAUUUCCCUUCAUUUAUAUCAUUUUAAAAAUAAAAGAAAUUAUAAAAUCAUAUUAUUUAAUAUAAAAGAAAUCUAACAAGAUCCAUUUUGACUACUUUUUAUUGUUUAGAAUUUUAAUUCAUAUUUUAUACUAUAAGUCCUUUAUAGUCAUUUUACACAACCUCUUUGAUAGGGCAAAAGCGUAUAUGCCAACUUCCUAUCUUGUAGUAAAACCGGAAAGUCCGGGUAUCGUCUCUCAGGGACUGGCACAACCUAAUGAUUUAUUGAUUUUAUAGAGCAAACUACAGGUGAAAAUGGUUUAAUGAGACUAAUUAUCUAAAAGCAAAAUAAACUAAACAAAUUAAGCAAGUGAAAACUGUCGGGUUUAAUUCAAUGAGAGAAAGCUCUGGGAGAAACACCGGGAUUCACUACCUAUCCUAUUUAGAUUAAUUCACAUAUUCCAAUCAAUUUAAUCCAACUCUCUACAGUCAGGAUAUCACGAAUGUGCUAGCUAUCCCUGUCGGGAAUUACUACGUACUAAACAAUUAAUUCAAAU